AUGUCCGCCCUACUACGAAACCUCCGCCUCAGACCUCUACCCGCAACGACCCUCCGCCGCUACUCCACGCAACAACAACAACCACCGACCUACCAACCUCCCUCCCCAACAACAUCCGCCGCAACAACGAUUCCCCCUCCCCCUCCUCCCUCCGAAAACACCUCAUCAGAAAAUAGUCGCCAGCCAAACGCACACCGAGAAUUCUAUCGCUCCGGCUCGGGACGCGCAGUCGCGUGGAAUUUCCUGGUGGCCAUGGCGACGUUUCAGGUGCUGUACUUGGGGUGGUUGAAGUUGGAGAGCAUGGAGGUGAAGAAGAUCAAGAGUGGGGAGGUGGAGGAGGUGGAGGCGCAGGCGAAGGAGUUGGUUGGGAGGAAAUGA